AUGCAGAGAGAGAGGGCAGCCGCCGCCGUCCUACUCGUGCUGCUGGCGGCGCUGGCUGCUGUUUCAUCCACGAGCGGCGCCGGCGGCGGCACGGUUAUUAGGAUGCAGCUGAGCCACGCCGACGCCGGCCGCGGCCUGACCCCAGGCGAGCUGCUGCAACGCAUGGCGCUGCGCAGCAAGACCCGCGCCGCGCGGUUCCUCUCCGGCUCAUCAGCGAGCGCCCCGGUGACACCAGGGUACCCCUCCACCAAGGAGUACCUGGUGCACUUGGGUAUCGGCACGCCGUCGUCGCAGCCGGUGCAGCUUGUACUAGACACCGGCAGCGACCUCACAUGGACGCAGUGCCUGCCUUGCAGCUCCGCCGCAGCCGCCUCGUCCUGCUUCCCCCAGGCUCUGCCUUACUUCGACCCGUCCCUGUCCUCCACGUUCGUCAACCUCACUUGCGACUCGUCGGCGUGUCAGGACCUGCUGCCGUGGUCGUCGUGUGUCAACCAGACUUGCGCCUACAAUAGCUACUCCUACGGCGACAACUCCACGACUAGCGGCAAACUGGUGGCAGACACGUUCGUGUUCCAGGGCGCCCAAGGGCAGACGGCCGUGCCGAACCUGUCCUUCGGCUGCGGCCUCAACAACAGCGGCAGAUCAUUCACGCCCAUCAUGACUGGCAUCGCCGGCUUCGGCCGCGGCAACCUGUCCCUUCCGUCGCAGCUCAAAGUCGACAACUUCUCCUACUGCUUCACCAACAACACGUCGACGUCCAGCCCCGUGCUGCUCGGCCUGCCGGCGAACCUCUCCGGCGGCGCAAGUAGUGGAGCCGCCGUGCAGACUACCCCGCUCAACACGACCUCAACUUUCUACUAUUAUCUGAAUCUGAAGAGCAUCACGGUGGGGUCAACGACGCUGCAGGUGCCGGAGUCCGCGUUCGCGUUGAACGCCGACGGGACCGGCGGGACGAUCAUCGACUCCGGCACCUCCAUCACGUUGCUGCCGCCGCACGUUUUCAGCCUCCUAAGCGACGCCUUCGUCUCCGAGCUGAACAUGACGCCCGUGGCCGUCACGGCCCAACCUGAUCUUCUCUGCUUCCCGGCGUCGACGACGACGAUGCCGAAGCUGCAGCUGCAGUUCGAGGGCGCGACGCUGGACCUGCCGCAGGGCAACUACGUGUUUCCUCAGGACAACAACACGUGCAUUGUGAUACUACAGUCGUCCGGCGGGAACAACAUGACGAUAAUAGGCAACUAUCAGCAGCAGAACCUGCACGUACUCUACGACCUCGCCGGCAACACGAUCUCUUUCGUCCCUGCUCAGUGCGACAAGGUCUAA